AUGGUUAUGGCAGAUACAAUGAAGAUGUGGCAGUACGCCAACAUCAAAGGCAACAUCGAGGAUGCCAUUCAGAUGGUCACCGGUCCCAUCCCAACAGCUUCGUCUCUCACUCAAGGCCAAAUCCUUGUCCGUGUUCUUACCGUCGCCCUCAAUCCAGUCGAUUAUAAGCUCCCUGAGUCGAGCGUGGGGUCUAUGUUUAUAAGCCGCCCCGCCAUUCCUGGCUUUGACCUCUGCGGCCGAGUUGUUGCCGCCCACGCCUCAGUAAUCACCUUCAAGGAGAACCAGCUUGUCUUCGGUGGGUUCUCGCGUGCUCCACAAAACGGUACAUUAGCAGAGUACACGGUUAUUUCAGCUGCUGAAUGUGCCGCACUGCCUGACGAUAUCGACCCCGAACAUGCCGCCGCAGCGGCGACUGCGGGGACGACGGCUCUGCAGUCGCUUCUGCCUGAAGGUGUCAAGCCUGGGGCUACUAUCUUCAUCAACGGUGGCAGCGGUGGCGUUGGAAGCUGGAGUGUGCAGUUUGCAAAGGCCAUGGGCGCCAGGGUCGUCACCUCGUGCUCAGGCUCAGCCGUCGACAUGUGCAAGGAACUCGGCGCUGACGAGGUCUUUGACUAUAGACAAUCAGAUGUUAUCGCAGAGCUAAAAACUCGAGUUGCUAGUUUCGACCUCGUUGUCGACAAUGUUGGGAAUACCUCGGAUUUGUACCAUCUUAGCUCUACGAUCCUUAAGCCCAGUGGCACUUUCGUUCAGGUGGGUAUUGGCGGCAGCUUAGACCUCCGAAGUAUUGCAAUUACGAUCAAAAGGUCGUUACUUGCAUCCCUUCCAAUAGGCGGCUGCAAGUACUAUUUUGUGAACGCUAAGAAUUCAACCGAGCUUUUAGCGCAAAUUGCGCAGUGGAUGGUUGAAGGUAAAGCUAAGGCAGUGAUUGAUAGCAGCUUCACAUUUGCGGAGGUGCCGCAGGCCUUCCAAAAGCUGAGGACGGGACAUGCGAGAGGCAAGAUUGUUAUUCGCGUGGCCGAAAUUUGA